CUGUUAUUGUAGCUUCUGUUUUCACAUUUUUUUAUUUUUAUGUGCGCAACAUUAACUGUCCCAUUCAUUGAAAACAAGGAAGUGUUUUGCUCGCAACAAUUCUGCAUUUGUUUUCUCCAAAACGCAUUUAUUGGGAGAUUAGUUCUUUUAUUUUUACGCCACCGAAUUUACUUUUAAACGUGUAUGUUGUGGGGGGGAUUAAAGGUCUGUGUGUUAUGACGUACACUUCGACCUUCGACUUGAGUGAGUUCCCGGAAAGCGGAACUUUAACUAUAUCGUCGAUGUUUCAUUAGGGGUGAAAUUCGUUGCCACACUGCGCCGACAGGGCUCGCAUAUCCUCACAUGAAUGGAAAGAUAUUAGCGAUAAAAGCCUCGACGCGGGAAUGGAAAUUGGAUGCAGGGACUUCAGAGUUAACGCAAUUUCGUGUCCGACGAUUUAACGCUUUUAACACUUUUCCCCGUAAUUUAAUCUACAGUGUGUUUUCUGUAAAGUGUGUAGAGCAUAAGCUAAGUAGCUGCUAGCCUCAGGCUAUCAGUGCGGCUAGGGUAACGUUACCGUUGUCGUUAGCCAGCCGAGCCUGUUUAAGUUGACGUAGACCAACAACAGAGCAAACAUGAUUGAAAGUAUAUUGGAUCUCCCGGUGGAAAAGCAGAUAUUUUAUGCUGUUUUGGUGUUUUCAUGGACAGUGUAUCUAUGGGAGGCGUACCUUUCUUACAGACAGAGAAGGAUAUACAGAUCAACAAGUCAUGUACCGCAGGAGCUGGGCAAGAUCAUCGAUUCUACAACAUUUGAGAAGUCGCGUCUCUAUCAGCUGGACAAAAGCAACUUCAGCUUUUGGUCUGGACUCUACUCUGAAUCUGAGGGCACGUUGAUCUUACUCUGUGGUGGAAUCCCGUUCCUGUGGGGCGUCGCCGGCACGGUGACGACGCGCUUUGGAUUUGGGUCGGAUUACGAGAUCACCCAGUCCCUUGUGUUUCUGACACUAGCCACCCUCUUCAGUGCCUUCACGGGACUUCCAUGGAGUUUGUACAACACGUUUGUCAUUGAGGAGAAGCACGGCUUUAACCAGCAGACGUUGGGGUUCUUCCUCAGAGAUGCUGUCAAGAAGUUUGUUGUGACCCAGUGUAUCCUGCUGCCCGUGACCUCGCUGCUCCUGUACAUCAUCAAGAUUGGAGGAGACUACUUUUUUAUCUAUGCCUGGCUCUUUACUCUGGCUGUCUCUCUGAUACUUGUCACCAUCUAUGCUGAUUACAUAGCUCCACUGUUUGACAAGUUCACCCUGUUGCCUGAAGGAGAGUUAAAGACUGACAUUGAGGCUAUGGCCCAGAGUAUAAGCUUCCCCCUCACAAAAGUUUAUGUUGUGGAAGGUUCCAAGCGCUCAUCGCACAGCAACGCAUACUUCUAUGGGUUCUUUAAGAACAAGCGCAUUGUGCUGUUUGACACGUUGCUGGAAGACUACUCGCCACUCAACAAGGCCGGAGAGCCACCGGCUGAGCAGCCAGAGUGCGACGAGACGUCGGGCGAGGCCAAAGCCAAGCCAAAGAACAAGAAACAAGGCUGCAACAACCCAGAGAUCCUCGCUGUCCUCGGCCAUGAGCUCGGCCACUGGAAGCUUGGCCACACUGUAAAGAAUAUGAUCAUCAGUCAGAUGAAUUCCUUCCUGUGCUUCUUCCUGUUUGCUGUCCUGAUUGGACGCAAGGAGCUGUUUGUAGCUUUUGGCUUCAAUGAAAGCCAACCCACAUUAAUAGGCUUGAUGAUUAUCUUCCAGUUCAUCUUCUCCCCGUACAAUGAGCUCCUGUCCUUCUGUCUAACGGUUCUGAGUCGCAGGUUUGAGUUCCAGGCGGACGCGUUUGCUCAGCGUAUGGGCAAAGCCUCUGAGCUCUACUCUGCCCUCAUCAAGCUUAACAAGGACAACCUUGGCUUCCCCGUGGCUGACUGGUUGUUCUCCAUGUGGCACUAUUCCCACCCUCCCCUCCUGGAACGCCUCAGAGCGCUUGGCAACGUCAAGCAGGACUGACGGCGCUGGAAGGGGCCGAAGCGAUCGCCGGCUCCUCCAAAGGGCCUCCGCAAACCGCUCCUGGCCCUGUAACGCACCGUGGUCUUUCUUUACCCACCUGCAGCCCCUCUUAUUAUUUUAUCUUGAUUGUAGUCUUUUCUUCUUUUGCCGAUCUUUCCAUCAUCCCCCCCACACACCUUUACACUUUGUUUUUUUUAACAAAACCAAAACAUAUCAACUCAAGGCAGCCUAGAAAAUCAAAAGCCUUUCCUGAAGUCUCUGCUCUUUCUUUGGAGACACUUUAUAUGCACAUGUUGAGAGGGAACACAUCUGGGCAUUGUGUAUUUUCAAAAAGUCAUUGUCAGAACACGGAUCAUUUGCGCUUAGUUUAGUAAGUAGUAUCUAUAAAUUAAUUGAUUUUUUUUUUUAUUUAAAAGGGAAGAGUAAGUCUUUACGAAACCGCCACUUUACCACGGCUACGUAGUCCUGUUGUGAUGUAGACGUGACGUCUAAUUGUUCAGAGCAUACAGAGCAUACUAGAUGGAUCCUCCAGCGUAAUGCACACUUAAUAUGUUGUGAAUCAAGAGAAGCGCUAAGCAGAUGCAGACGUAGUGGGUAGGAAGAUGGAUGACU